AUGAUAAAUUUAUAUAUAUAUUAUUUAAUAAUUAUUAUAUUUAUUUUUGGAAGUAUUGUUUUUAUUUCUAGUCGUAAGCAUUUACUUUGUACUUUAUUGAGAUUAGAGUUUAUAGUAUUAAUAUUAUUUAUGUUACUAUUUUUGUAUUUAAAUUUUAUAAAUUAUGAAAGUUACUUUAGUAUAUUUUUUUUAACUUUUUGUGUUUGUGAAGGGGUUCUAGGGCUAUCCAUUUUAGUUUCUAUAAUUCGAACUCAUGGUAAUGAUUAUUUUCAGAGUUUUUCUAUUUUACAAUGUUAA